AUGUCUAAGCUCUUUGUUCACGGCCUUUCUUGGCAUACUAGCGAUGACACCUUGCGCGAGGGUUUCCAGCAAUUUGGUGAGAUCCAAGAAGCUAUUGUCGUGAAGGACCGUGCGACUUCGCGCAGCCGCGGCUUCGGCUUUGUCCGCUUUGCUACUGACGCCGAGGCGGAUGCUGCUUUGGGCGCCAUGAACAACCAAGAAUUUGACGGACGGGUCAUUCGCGUUGACAAGGCGUUUGACCGCCCCCAACGCACCGAAGGUGGCUUCCAGGGCCGUGGUGGAUACAAUUCUCAGCCCCAAUCUAGUUACCAGCCUGGUGCUGGUGGCCCUGGUGGUUACGCUGGCUACAACAAUGGCGGGUACAACAAUGGCGCUGCCCCUGGUGGAUACGGUGGGGGCUACAACCGUGGUUACAACAACACCUACGCCCCUAGCGGCCCCGCUGGUUACAGCGCAGGUGGUCCUGGCGGUUAUGGUGGUGGCCCAAACACCGGGUACGGGGGUGGUGGAGGCUGGCGCGGGAACAACCACGAGCACGCUCCCCAAGACGGUCACCAGUAG